AUGGAUGAUUUAAAGCUUAGUAAUUAUAAAUCCCAUGAUUCUCACACCAUAAUACAGCAACUACUUGGUAUUGCCAUUCGAGGAGUACUUGGAAAGCUUGUUAGAAUUACAGUGAUCAGAUUAUGCAUUUUUUUCAAUGAAAUCUGCAGCAAGACUAUUGAUGUCUCAAGGUUGCCGAAAAUUCAGAAUGAUAUUGCUGAAACCUUGUGUGAGCUAGAAAAGUACUUUCCGCCAUCAUUUUUCACCAUAAUGGUUCAUUUAACACUUCACCUAGUGAGAGAGGUGGAGUUAUGUGGACCAGUUCGCUAUCGAUGGAUGUAUCCAUUCGAGAGGUACAUGAAGGUUUGUAAGGGAUAUGUUCGAAAUCGAGCUAGGCCUGAAGGUUGCAUGGCUGAGAAUUAUAUUGCUGAAGAAGCGGUUGAGUUUUUAGCAGAACUCUUAGUGGAAGACAAGACUGCUGGAAUCCCAUCUGCUCGUGACACUGUGGACAGGCCUGCCUCUGGUUCUCAUGUUGAAACACUAAUUUUAAUUCACUGCCUCUCUUUUGUUGGUAAUUGCAAUGAGCACUUGGAGUUCUUGAAACAAGAGUUUCCAAGAUUCCGCAAGGAUCAAAAGUGGCUCACGGACAAGCAAAACAAGACAUUUGCUGACUGGGUGAAACAUAAGGUUGCUGACCAAAUGAGUGAAUCAACUGCUGCAUCCCUAAAAGAUGGCUUUCAGAUAAGCCGAGCAAUGAAUGGUGUGUACUUGGUUGCUGAUACGCCACAAGUAGGUAGUGCUAGGGAUAAAAGGAUGAUCAGAGAUGAGAUGAGUUUCUAUGGCGUAAUUGCUGAAAUAUGGGAGCUUGACUAUGAGAAGUUUAGGAUCCCAAUUUUUAAGUGUGAUUGGGUCGAUAAUGGAAGGGGUGUUGUAGUAGAUGAGCUUGGGUUCACAUUGGCGAACCUGAAUAAGAAAGGUCAUUUUAAUGACACAUUUGUGUUGGGAAAGUGCGUUGAGAAGAUCUUCUAUAUUCAAGACCCUGCUGAUCCACAAUGGGUAAUGGCGCCAUCCAAGAAGUCUACAUCAAGGAAGUCAAAGAAGGCUGCAUCAAACAAGACAGCUGGUUUAGCUUCAGCUACCAUAUCCACUGCAUCGAAAAGGAAGAAAUCUAAAAAUCAUGAGGAGAAAUCAGAAAAGGGCCUGAAGCUAUUGAAGCGUAAUUGUGUGGCAAUGAAGAGGAUUUCAAGAAGCAGAAGCUUAAAACAGAAGAGAGUGGUUCAGUUCAACCGAACAGGGACUCCAUAUGGGAAGGCGGCGACAGAGAUGAAAUCAUAUAUUGGUGUCUUAGCUCGCCGGAAGAUUCCCAUAGUGAGGACUACUUAG